AUGUUGUCUAAGACAGUCCUUGCCGUGGCCGCAUGCGUCCUCGCCUCCGCCAACGCCAUCUGGCCCGUCCCCCAGAACAUUUCCACGGGAGAGAAAGUGCAUUUCAUGGACCAAACCGUCCCUGUGACCUACAACGGACAAGCUACGUUGUUCAACGAGCAGGUUUCCUACACCAAGGGCAUUGUCCAGUCCGGCGUCUCACGCGCCUUCAAGGCCAUUUUCCAGGACAACUUUGUGCCCUGGAAGCUCCGCGAGCGCCACUCCGACUUUGAGCCCGAUGCCAAGUCUAAGACGUCGAUCAAGUCCAUUGAGAUUACCCAGACAUACAAGGACUCGCCCAGCGUCUUCAAGCCCAAGGCCGGCGAUGUCGACGAGUCGUAUUCGCUGACCGUCUCUGAGGACGGCAAGGUGGCUAUCAAUGCCAAGUCGUCGACGGGCGUGCUCUACGGGCUCGAGUCCUUCUCGCAGCUCUUCUUCAAGCACAGCGCCGGCACCUUCUGGUACACGCCCAAUGCCCCCGAGUCCAUCGAGGACGAGCCGCGGUUCCCGCACCGAGGCGUCCUGCUCAACGUCGCCCGCUCGUUCCUCGGGGUGGACGACAUCAAGCGCACCAUCGACGCCAUGGCCUGGAGCAAGCUGAACCGCCUGCACCUGCACGUCACCGACUCGCAGUCGUGGCCCCUGGAGAUCCCCGCGCUGCCCGAGCUGGCCGAGAAGAGCGCCUACCACAGGGGCCUCUCGUACUCGCCCCAGGGCGUCAAGGACCUCUACGAGUACGGCAUACCCCGCGGCGUCGAGGUGGUGCUGGAGAUUGACAUGCCCGGCCACAUUGGCGUCGUCGAGCUAGCCUACAAGGACCUCAUUGUCGCCUACGACGCCAAGCCCUACGACCAGUACUGCGCCGAGCCUCCCUGCGGCGCCUUCCGCCUGAACAGCACUGCCGUCUAUAGCUUCCUCGACACGCUUUUUGGCGACCUCUUCCCCCGCAUCGCCCCCUACACGGCCUACUUCCACACCGGCGGUGACGAGCUCAAGGAGAACGACUCGAACCUUGACCCCGAUAUCAGGUCCAACGACACCAAGGUUCUGUCUCCGCUGCUGCAAAAGUCUGUCAGCUACACCCACGAAAAGGUCCGCACGGCCGGUCUAACCCCGCUGGUAUGGGAGGAGAUGGUGACGACGUGGAACUUGACCAUUGGCAGUGACGUCCUCGUGCAGUCGUGGCUCGGAGGAUCCGCCGUCAAGGACCUAGCCGAGGGCGGCCGCAAGGUCAUUGACAGCAACUACGAGUUUUGGUACGAUUUAUCGGCAGACACUUUCAUCGCUUCGAUCCAUUGUCUAUACCAUCAAACCAUCGCCAUGGCAUCCGAAGCAUCGUCCGUACCGAGCACACCCUCUUCCGCCCCCGACUUCAUCGACAUUGAGAGGUUUUUCACCAGAGAGAAGGCGAAGCCUCGCACUUUAUAUGUCUGCUUAUACUGUACGACGAAGCCAUGGAAGGAUGGCUAUAAGGGCAAUGCGAGGCGCCACAUAAGGACUAAUCAUCCAUAUCUGAUCGGGCUCUCUAGUCGGCAGAAUCAAUCUCAGCAAUCGCUCGACUUAUAUAUCACAUCAUCGACUACGCCAUCCGAAGCGGCAUUGCGGAAUGCCUUCAAUCGACAGGCUUACAUCGAAGCUCUCAUCAGCCUUCUCACACGUCGCAGGGUGGCCUUUUCGAUGGUUGAGUGGGAUGAGCUAAAGGAUCUAGCUCUAGCAUGUAAUCCUGCCAUCGAGGAUAGUCUGAUUACCUCCCGACGUACAGUGAUGCGCUACAUCUCAGCUAGCUAUGAGUUCUACGCUGCUCAGUUGGCCGAGUCCCUUCAAUCUGCCAUUUCGAUGAUUCACAUCUCAUCUGAUCUCUGGACAUCACCACACCGACACGGUAUGCUUGCAGUAUGCGGACAGUGGGUCGAUAAGGGCUAUAAACUUCGAAAGGCGCUUCUAGGGCUGCUAGAGUGUCGAAAAGACCACUCUGGCGAGUCCCAGGCCGGCCUGAUUGCUGAUGUCUUGGGGCGAUUCGAAAUUCGACGCGUUGGUUAUCAUACUGGGGAUAACGCAUCCUCGAACAAGACCUGCCUAGAAGCUUUAUCAAAGAAGCUACUUCACGAGCGAGGAAUCAUCUUCGAUCCUAUCCGCCGCCAUGUCCGCUGUUUCGGCCAUAUUAUUAACCUUUCCCUUCAAGCGUUCCUUCUCGCGCGCUCGAAAGAAGCCCUACGCGCUGCCCUUAAUGGCGCCGGCAACGUCGCUGGUGCACAGUCUAUCGAAACCUUCUCUACUGCUCUGAAUGAGAAUACGCCUUCGGGAUCCGAUACCAUGGUGGAUCAGACACAUGAGGAGAACCAGGGAAGACAGCAGAGACCUCCGACGAGAGAGAGAACUACUCAGCGAGUAGAAUUUAGCGGAUGGGAAGGUAUUAAUGCUCUCCAGAAGCUCCACCAUCUCGCAGUCUGGCUCCGAAGCGCUUCAAUCCAUAGUGAUAACUGGCGCGAAGCUGUGGGUCGCAGUCUCGGGAUUGACAACGCAACACGUGAUGAAGCGAAUAAUUGUCGGUGA